GUAACAACAACAAAAAAACGAGUUGCCGUCCAGUUUAUUUGUGAAUAAGAAGGCGUCCAGUAGGGGGCGUAAAGUAACCACCCUAAGAACGUCCGCGUGAUGACGUCAGACGCACAAUCCGAAAAGAAGCGCGAGUUGGAUGAACAGUCGCCGAGUUAGUUUUGUUAUGUUUUCGAAGCUGAGGGUGCUUUUUCGGUUAUAUGUAUAAAGAAAAUGUCGCUGCUGAAGCCAUUUAGUAAGCUCCCAGGUCUGAACACGGCAAAUAUCUUGCUGGUGGAGAGUGAGGAGCACUUUCAGCAGAGUUUAGCAGAUGCUCUGGUGGAGGAGACUGGUGUCACUGUGAACGUGAGACUGGCUAAGAGCCUUCCUUUGCCUAUGGAGAACGAUGAGAACCGCCCACGAAUAGACCUGGUCGUGUUCAUCAUCAACCUGGCGUCAGAGCUCAGCUUCCAGUCAGCAGAAACCUCUGUGAAACAUCUGGACCCUGGUUAUUUCCUUGGAAAAGCCUGUUUCAUGGUCACGAAUGCUCGCAGUGCUUCGGCCCCCGUGGAGCGCCUGGAUGCCAUCAGGAAACUGGCCGCAUCGCUCCACUGCCCCCUGUUGUUUGCAGAGGAUCAGACACCAGAAGGGGUGAGCAGUGCUGCAGACAGGCUGCUGACUGUCCUGAAGGUGGCGGCCGGCCUUGUUCCCAUCACCACGGCGCUGUACCUGUCAAACCUGACUAAAUGCACUCUGCCCCCCGACAUCGACCAGCCAAGCUUUGAUUAGCUCUUGUUUAGAUAUUUAUUUGUCCAUACCGUUGUUAUUAAUUACUCUAAUGCUUGUCUGAUGUCAUAUUUCAAUGUUUGUUAUUAUAAUAAGACUGUACAUUAUAUAUUUUUGUAUGUUUGUGUGUGCGUGGAGAAAAAUAAAACCUAAGUGAG